AUGUCCAUGGGUCAUUCUUGUUCGUCAUCCACUUGCAAUGAGUGUGGAAGAAAGCAUUUGCGCUCUAUCAGCUCUCGUGGAGAUGGAAGCUGGAACAGAAAUGAUGGUUCGAUCACAUGCCAUUGUGGAGAAAGCUGUGUGUUGAGGACUGCAAAAACUGUUAAGAAUCGAGGCAAAAAGUUUUGGGGUUGCCCUAGGUAUAAGGUUGGAAGUGAAAAUGGUGGAUGCAACUACUUCAGAUGGUGCACUGAUUGGGGAAUUGAAGAAACUGUUAGCUGUGANGUGUUGGAAGCAAAUGUUGAAAUUGAAAGGGAUAAGAAGAUAGCUUCUGUGCAGAGAGCUUUGAUGGGUGUUCAAAAUUGGUUGAAAAUUUUGGUUGGGGUUGUAUUUGUAAUGAACAUCGUUAUCAUUGCAAUGUUGAUGGGUAGGGCUUGA